AUGGUGGUGCAGUUCUUGGUCGUUGCUCUGCUGCUAUCUCCUUAUCUACCCAAUGUUUUCCCUUUGCUGGCAUUGCUGGGUGCAAUUUCGUUUUUUCUAUUGAGUGCAGGCUAUAUCAUGUAUUCGCAGCACUCUCGCUCCAUUAACAGCCAGUCCAAUGUUGAGCGCAUUCAUUCAAAGUCUAAUGUCCAGCAUGCUAGUGUCAAUGGCAUCCAUUUGAAAAAAGGGUUUCCCAGACUUGUUCGUCUUCCUAACAAUUCCUUGUCCGUAUCUUCUAGAGCCUCUGCUCCAUUAGUCCAGCCAGCAUCUGUCGUUCUUUCUUCAGAUAUACUUCGAUCUGAACCUACAUGGACUGCAGAACAGGAACUAGCUAAACAGAUUGCUGCUGCUACACAAUCCCCACUUGGAUUUGAUACUGAGUUGGAUGCUGACAAGGAUCAGAAUGCUGAUACUAGCAAUAACACAUUGCAGUCGAGUGUUGCCACGUUUUUAUUCUAUAUUCUACACAAUGAACUCUUUGAACCAGCCAUAAACAUGUUUCCAGGAAUUUAUUCAAGCUCUACAGUCACCAGCACACUUCCACCCUCUACAUACACAAUGCACUCAGGAAACUCACCAAUGGAUGCAAUCAUAUUUCAAAUUGCUAAUCGAGCAACUGCUACUUUGGAUUCAUCUGCACAACUUGUACCCGAUUGUCUGGAAAAUCGCUUAAAAACUGAUACAGCUUUAAAAAACGAACCAACAGUACGACAAUUUGGUAUCUCAAAAAACAUUCCACAGUUCAACCCGUCUCAAUCUAUACUUUCCAAGCAAAAAUCGUCAGAUCAAUGUCCUAUAAACCCUUCGGAUCGUAGUGCAUUUAGUAAAUUGUUUGGAAGUAGUCAGAUUGAAUAUGUGAGCAAUAUGGCUUCAAAUACCAUCAAUCAUAUGCGGAUAAACAGGCUUCAUGAACGCUUAUGGAUUUUGUUUCUCAAAGUAUUGCAGAAACAUGUCAAAGAAUACCGCCAAAUACGACGAGAUAUUCAAGCAGAAUUGACUGCAUCGCGCACUGAGCCCUUGACUGGGCUUAAACCAUCUGCUCCAGAUCCGCUUUCUGAGUCCACUAAAUCAGGCGAUACGCAUGGACUUUUUUCAGAUUCAAUACCACAUCCUAAAAUAACAAAGCCCAGGCAUUUGGACGACUUUAACGCAUUUUUGGGUGAUGACAUGGAUGAUGCAUUGAUGUAUAAUAAGAACAUGGACAGUCUUAAUGAAAAAAUAUGCAUGCGCAUGUCUGGAUUGGGUAACUUGCAUCCGGCCGUAGGAAAAGGAGACUUUCAUGAACAAUCGUAUCUACGGAGCACCUUUGAUCGUGUGUUUGAAAUACUGAGUCGCGACUCUUGCACCAAAUCAUCUCUAAAUAAGUCGCCUCGCUCAAGCUCAUUGUCUAAAACAGAAGAUGCCACAAAAACUCAAUCUUCUCAAGUGCCGUACACCGACAAUGCAAAAUACUCUUCAAGCAAACUUAUGCAGAUAUUGAUGCGAGAAGUAACAGUAUGUCAGAUUGUAUGGCCAUUUUUAAACAAGUUUUCACAACCUCAUCUGAUCAGUCAGAUUUUAAUAGACAAGGCACAACGUCAAAUUGCAUUUGUCAAGGCAGCCAAGACAUUUCGCAGUCAACUUGAUUUGUGUUAUACGCAAUUCCCACCAAAAUUCUUGCUUCCAGGUCGUGGAUGCAGUGCCAGCUUCUCUGUAACUACACUGGGUGAAAAGCAGCGUCUUUUUGAAUCUUUGUCCAAAUACUCGCGAAAAGUGCGAUCAUUGAUAGAUAUCAAAGCUGUUCAACAUGAGAUUAUUCGAGAGCUAAAGCAUGUCCGCGAAGAAGCUCACGAGCAAGAACGUGAUCCUCGUUUGUAUGAUCAGGCCGAAGAGUCUAGAAGGUAUAUAAAGGCACUCGAGGUUUUAAAAGUAAAGUUGGACAAGAAAAUUGCAGCAUUGACAGCUUUACAAGGAGAAUCAACUUUACACCGCACCCCAAAACGUAUCAUUUCAAUCCCUAUCAUGGGAAUGAUGAAUAAACAGGAAAAGCCAAAUCAAUUUGAAAAUAGAAUUGAAAUUUCACUUCAAAGUAUUCUAGACGAAUAUGCAAACUCGGCAGAGGAUGGCCGUACAACAACUUCCAGUAGCAUAUACUAUUUUCUUGAUUUUCUUGAAAAGCAUGAUGGUGGAUCUGGCGUUAUAAAACUUCGUUUCUGGUUUUCCGCGGAAAAGCAUCGUCGGACAAUUUGGAGAAUAGGCUCGGGGUUAGGAUGGAAAGAACUGCCAGCUGCUCAAAGUGACUUUGAUAUUCUUGAACCAGUAGAAGCCAUUCCUUCAAUCGCACAUGAUCGACUUAGAAAAGACGCUUUGCGUAUAUUUCGCACUUACCUAGCACCUUGUCCACCAACUGCUGCACAGAUUCAGGUCCCACAGAAUGUGAUUGAAUCCUUUCAUCGUUAUCUCAAACCACUUUUGCGAUCUGAUAUGAAUGACUCAUUCCAUGAAGCAAAUGAUGAAGAUUACAACUGUGUCACGUUAGCUCAACAGACAGUACAAGCCGAUUUGGAAAAGUUAUUUAAAGCAUUUUUGCAUUCAGAAUCUUAUUUUAGAUGGUUGAGCGAGCGCGAACGGGCCAAAGUUGCUCAGCGUGACCGAGGAACGGAUAUAGCAUUAGGACCACAUAAUACGUCUAACCAUCCAACUGCAAAUCUGAAUGUUCUUAACCAAUCUUCAGUAAAAAAUCCAAGCAACCCUUCCGCCUCUGGAUUGCUUCCUGUCAACCUAGGUUUUACAACUGCUGGUGGUUCAGUAAGUGGUACACGGGAAUCAGGUUCAGGAUUAGCUGGUGAAAUGGGUGGGCCUUUUGCUUCAGUUAGUAAAUCGGCUGCUGGUGAUUUGCUGGAUGACACAAAGCUACGGAACUUUUAUCAAAGCGCACUAAUGACUGCAUUAACCUAUGAACUCGAUGUUGCUGCAGCCAAGCUUAUUGUUACCAAGCGAACUGUUCAAAGUGGGGUUAUUGUGACGUCAAAGCCUGACCAUGUGAUUUCAAACGCUCGUACUGGGAUCAAUGCGCAGUCAGUGUUUGAUAUGAAUGCGCUUGAUUCUGAUAUUAUCACACUUGAAGAGGCAAAUAUUAUUGAUGGUGGUGAUCUCAUUGAUGAUUCAGAACUUGGACGUGGAUUGACAGUUAAAGAGCAGGACCAAGAUGUAGAUUUGCCUGCGCCUGGAGAACUACUUACAAGCAUCACCAAACUUCAAAAAAUCAAGGACGAUAUCGAUAAAGUCAUGUUACAGAUUGAUACCAUUGAUAUGAUAUCUUGGCAUAUCAAUUAUUUGAAUCAAAAAAAUGCAGAUAGCCAGACUAAUAUAGAUAGCAACGAUGAAGAGACUGCCGAUAUACCAGUGUCGCACCGAGCAACUGUGCUGAAUAUUCUUGAUCACACCAAAGAAAUAUUGCAUUUAGAUAUUGGCGAGCUGUCGCGCCAGAAAGCCAAAUACGAGAGUCAAGAGCAACGAGAAGCAAUUGUGCCUGGGCAGUGUAGUAUUAAUCUCCAAACUGUUGAUGAAGAUUCUACUGAUCCCCGGGAUGAUUCACGCAGUUAUCUUGGCGGUAAUGCAUUAGGGUUUGGUAGUGGUGCAUUGAAUGCAAGUUCUACUAAUAUGUCUACUGCAGCUACUGGCAGCUAUCGUGUCAUUUACUACUUGAUUCAAAUUGAACGCAUUGAUCAAAAAACAGGAUGGACAGUCAAGCGACGGUAUAGCGAUUUUGAUGCACUACAUCGUAAAUUAAAAGAAACCUUUCCCAUUGUUGCCGAUUUUGAUUUUCCCGGAAAACACCAUCUCGGAGUAUUUUCGCUCUCUAAUAAGCAAGAAGAAGCUAGACGGAAUGCACGUAUGAUAGCUCUUCAGCGCUAUCUCCGCCGACUUAUUGACAAUCCAUCCAUUUGUCAAUCUGACUACUUGCGUGAUUUUUUAUCAUCGACUUACCAGUCUGUGCGUCGUAAGGGACUUUUUAGAUCCCAUGUAGAAUCUACAAAAACCGGCCCACAAAACUAUUCAGCGCCUGCCCAGAAUUUACUUCGGAGAAAAUCACGAAAUGUUGCCAUGGCACUGGCACAGCUGGCUUCAAAACCCCUCAAAGCAAUAAAAUCUGAAGGAAACGAUUCACUUUCCAACAGCAGUGGAUUGACUGUACCGCUUGACACGACGGCUGGUAGUGUUUCUGCGGUAAAUCCGUUUGUGCAGGGUACUAGUAGUACCACGGCGAUUAAUUCUUCUCGAAAAGUGCAUCUGGCUUCAUUUUUUAAUGGUAGUCGGCAUCGCAAAUGGGGAAAAGACGGUGCGUCUGCAGCAAAAGCAACGGUGAAUAGGUUUGGUGAAAACAAAGAUGCAGACGACGGAGAUGGUGAUGAUUUUAACGACGAAGACAGUUUUGGAACGGAUGAGGCAGAAGCUAGUGAUGGAGUUGUUGAUGUGGACGAUGAUGCAGACACCAAUUCAUCAGUUCGAGCAUUCGUAUCACGUUCACCGUCCACCAAAUACAAUGACUCGUGUCUUUUAAACUCCAACGGCGUGGAUGUUUCCAAGUUUACGAGCGAUUCCAGUGACGAUUCCAAUAAUGAAGACACAUGGGCUGGUGGUCAUUUGCCAGACUUGCUAUCUGAUGAUGUUAGUGGACUAGAUGAUCCGAAUGAUCCGAUUUUAUCAAACUCGUUUGUACAACCGUUGAUUGAUCCCUUGUGUGCAUUGCUGAUGGAAGCGUUUGAUUUUAAAGAACAGAAUCAUUGGUUGAAGCGAAGCACAGCGUCAAUGCUACUAAUGGAAGUUAUGGGUGGUACAAAUGCAUCAGAAUUCAACGAUCGUCGAAUCUCUAUACUGUUAAUGAACAUGCUCAAGGGUAAUUCUAUAUCAUGGUUUCUGGAGACUUUAUUUUCCCCAACCAACCCCCAAACAGGCUUGUCCACCCCAGCUCCGGCUUCUUUUCGAAGCACGGUCCCGUUUUAUAAGUACCUUGUAGGUGGAGUACCUUAUAUUUCACCGAGUCGUCAACACUCUAUCCGGAUCGAAGCCAAAACCAAAAUUAUUCAAGCUAUUCCAGAAGUGUUUUUUCGAGUUCUCGGGGCAGAUAUAGCUACUCAAGGAGCAAUCCGAUGUUUUGAAAUGCUUCAAAGCGUUACUUUAAACAAGAGUUUGAUGUACAAACUGCUGGAUGUGUUUUUAGACACUAUUGUGAGUGAGUAUGGUUGA